UAUGUGUGCACGUGCCUGAGCUCCGCCCUUUUACAACUUUGAUCAGGAAGAGACUGACUUAUUAUUGCUGCUUUCUGUCACACUGACUCUCUUCAUUUCUGUACUGGAUUUUAAUAAUGAGAGAUCAUUGGAGAAUGAAGACAAUCACAACAAACACUUUCAAGAAGCAUUUUUGAGAUGUUUAUUUCUGAAUAGGCAGCAGAUCAGCAGAGUCAUUUUUAACACGUCAUUCAGAAAGUGAAAGUCAGGUUCAGAUUACUGCAGCUCAAACAGGGGAAAUGGCUUCACUAAAUGUGUCUGCAGAAGAACUUUCUUGUCCCGUGUGCUGUGAAAUCUUCAGGAAUCCUGUAGUUUUAUCAUGCAGUCACAGUGUGUGUAAAGAGUGUCUUCAACAGUUCUGGAGAACCAAGACAACUCAGGAGUGUCCUGUUUGCCGGAAAUCUUCAAGAGAUGAUCCUCCAUGUAAUCUAGUGUUAAAAAACCUGUGUGAGUUGUUCCUGAAGGACAGAAAUGAGAGAUGUUCAUCGGGAUCUGAGGAGAUCUGCAGUUUACACAGUGAGAAACUCAAACUCUUCUGUCUAGAGGACAAACAGCCUGUGUGUUUAGUGUGCAGAGACUCCAAACAACACGACAAUCACAAAUUCAGACCCAUCAGUGAAGUGGUUUCUUCAUAUAAGGAGGCACUCAAUACAGCACUGAAGUCUUUACAAAAGAAACUCAAACACAAUGAAAAAAUGAUAGUAGAGUUUGAGAAAACAUUUCAACACAUCAAGUCUCAAGUUGAUCACACAGAGCGUCAGAUUAAACAUGAGUUUGAGAAGCUUCAUCAGUUUCUCCGAGAUGAAGAAGAAGCUACAAUCACUGCACUGAGGGAGGAAGAGGAGCAGAAGAAGCAGAUGAUGAAGGAGAAGCUGGAGGAGAUGAACACACACAUCUCAGCUCUUUCACACACGAUCAAAGACACGGAGGAGAUGCUGAAAGCCAAUGACGUCUGCUUUCUAAAGGAGUUUCCAGUCUCGAUGGAAAGAGUCCAGAUCUCACAGCCGGAUCCACAGACGCCUUCUGGAGCUUUGAUUCAUGUGUCUCGCUACUUGGGGAACCUGCCGUUCAGAGUCUGGAAGAAGAUGCAGGACAUUGUCUACUAUUCUCCUGUCAUUCUGGAUCCAAACACUGCUCAUCCACGUCUCGUCCUGUCUGAUGAUCUGACCAGUAUGAGGUACAGUGGGAAAGAUCAACCUGUUCCUGAUAAUCCAGAGAGAUUUGACUGCUAUUACUGUGUUCUGGGUUCAGAGGGUUUUACCUCAGGAAAACACUGCUGGAAUGUGGAGGUGAAAGAGAGUGAAUACUGGAAUCUUGGAGUAACAACAGCAUCAAACCAGUGGACGGGACGGGUUUUCUAUAACACUGGGGUCUGGAGUGUGAAAUAUAAACAGUCUGCAGGCUCUGGUUUUGUUGUAAAUCAGGAUCUUGAGCGUGUGAGAGUUGAUCUGGACUGUGACAGAGGAACAGUGUCUUUCUCUGAUCCUGUAACAAACACACAUCUACACACAUUCACCACCACCUUCACUGAGUCUGUCUUUCCUUUCUUCUAUAGUCUUGGUUCUCUAAAGAUUUUACCGUAUGUAACUGGUUUUAUUUUUAGAACUUUGUAGUGAGACACUAAGAGCAAGAAACACCUACUGGCGUCAGCACAUUUUUAUUUAUUUAUUUUUUUUGCGUACACCUGUGCAGCUCAUUAUUGGGAGUGUGUGGAUAUUCAACCAUUUAAAAGCAUCUGUGUGAGUAUUGAAUGCGACUUCUCCAGUGCAGAUGAAGCCUCUGUGGUCAGAGAACGUUUCCUUUAGUCCCCGGUUGGCCUGGUUGGUGAGUUGUUUGCUUGUAGUACUACGUUAGUUUUAAGUGAUCGUCUAAAAAAAUGCUGUGAUCAUUAGGAAAUUGUUUGUGUGUGCAAGGUGACAGGCAGUGGUGGAAAGAGUACUGAAAAAGCAUGCUU